GUCAGGAGUACCAAUAGCUGGACAACCACAUUUUAUCUAUUCACAUUAUUUAAAAUGUAUCAAUGGUUAUCCAAAUUCAUGUCGAGCAUUUCAUGCAAUUGAUUUAGCAUUGAAAUCACAUCAGCAUUUAGGUGAUGUCGUACGAACACGUAGUAAAACUGCAGCAGCCGGUAUACCAACUAAUUAUGUAUUACGUCAUGGUGUUUAUUGUACUGUAUUGUAUACAAUAUUAUUAGGUAUUGCACGUUAUUUAGGUGUAACAGAAACCCAAUUGAAAUGGGCAUUAGAGAAAUUUUUCAAAUUCAGUUGAUUGAUUUAAAAAAAAAUUUAAAAUUGUAUG